AGCUUCCACUUUUUUAUGCAUAAAACUGCUUAUCAACCAUUCUGUAUAUUGGGAACGGUGGUUUUGAUUUUGUUUAUAAAAUGUCUUCAUUAUAUUUUGCAGCGAUUUAAACAGCAAAGGUUUUCCAGACACCAUUCUUUUUCAUUCUGUCCUAUCUCAGAACACCGGACACAAGGACUUCCAGUAGCAACACAGACUGAUGUCUGCUUUGUCAUUACAAGCAAUAAUAAAAUCUAUGAUCCACAUGAUGGCAUUACCUUGCUAGAUGAACCAAAGUAUCGAGAGGUUCUCUCUAAAACAGCAUACAAAACAAUUGAUAGAGGGACCUGCUACCAAGCACAGUCAUCAGAGUCUCAGGUCAAAUGGCGAGACCUGUGGUGGGUGCUGGUGGCCAUCGCAAUCUUCAUGUUCCUCUGCUGUGUCAUUCUGCUUGUCACAUUGAUCAUCCUGUAUGACCGGUACAAAGACCAGAUGAGGCAACCACGCAUGUAUAUGGUAUCCCAGUGAUGAAGUAUUGAGUGAUGGCGAUUGCUUUUGGCCUACCUUUUAUGAUGAAAGGAAAUGCUCCUGUUAAAUCCCUUAGCCUUGUUUGUCUUUCAUUGGUGUAAUUCUGCAAGUUGAGAAGUUCCUGAAGAAUGCAGACUUGACUUCUGUUCUUAAAGGCUGUGAGAGAGAGAAGAAAGAUGUGCUUCAUCAGGUGUAACUGUUGCAUUCUUGAUAUUGUGUUCUUUUUCUAUGCAAGUAACAGAUUUAAGAUUAUAAUAACUUUAAAUUGAAAAUGUGUUGAUAUUUUCUAAUUUACUCAUGUAUUUGUUAUUCACGUAAGUGUUUCAGAAAACGGAUUAAUAAUAAUAAAGUGAAUUUAUGGAAUAGUGUUUUACCCCACCAUUAAAAGCUAUCUCAAAGCGCUUUACCAAGAAAGAUUUUAAAUGCAUGGCAUAAUAAUAUUGGUCUCAAAGCCUUCAGAAGAGUUUUCAAGAUUCUUUAUUAUUCUUUCACCCUGUAAGGGGCAUUGAGAUAUUCAAAGAUAAAAUAUAUAUUCACACACAUUUAGAUCUUUAUAUUCAUUAUCUUUUACUCACAUCUAUGCACACACACACACAUUCCCUGGAUCAUUAACAGCUAAUAUAUUAAAAACUAAUAUACAGUAUUACUCAUUCUUUCCUUCCUAGCCCUUUCACACCCUUUAAAGCACAUCUGCAUUUGUAAUAAAACAAAAUGUAAACAAAGGAUAAACUUUUGUCAUGGGAUGUUGCUGCCCUUCUCUCUCUUACCUAAGUAACAGAUACUAAUACAUAUUCUUAUCUACUUAUACAUUUAUAAUCUCUCACACACAUUCUAUUAAUUCUUCUAGGUCACCAUCCUAAGUAAUAACAAAGUGAGCUAUCUAGCAAGGGCCUUUUUAUUUCUGGAAGUUAAUAAACAUUAGCAAAGUGAUAAAUUAUUUUUAUGCUGGUCAGUAAAUUUUUUACAGUUAAAUAGAUAAUGACAUUCACCCACUACAUCAUUAGUGUUACAGUGUCUACUUCUCAUGCUAAGAAGAAGGUGAAUGUCAUCGACAUAGAUGCAAUCACUACAGCUUAGUACCUCAGUAUCCAUUUCUUUCCUUCUCAUCUUCUACUUUGACUCUCUUUUGACUUGCAGCUGUAAACAUUCAUAGUCAACAGGCAAAUUACUCACUGCUGAUGUUUUGAAAAAAUCCUAGAUCUUGUUCUUAUUUGCUGGCUGCCUAGAAGAAAGAAACAUUGAAGGGUAUGUUUCAAACUUUACACUGAGAUAGCAGCACAGACAUUUGAUUUUGAAAUUUUGAAAAGUUAAGACUUUGUGAAUGACAGUUCUUCAAUUCGCACAAAAUCAUGUUCACUCAUUUGCAGUCUUUCCUUUUACAUACAUUCCAUGACAUAGCGUUAGUUGUUGGCUCAGCAAGAAACACCAAUUCCCCUACCCCCUUUAUUUCACAUGUAUGCUAUCUGUCUUUCUCUCUAUUUUUGUCUCUUGCUCACACAUUUUCACCCACGGAAGGGAGAUAUGUAGCCUAGAUCAGGCAGUGAAAAACUAUUUAUUUUAAUGCAACAGCAGGAGGGCUUGUGCUUACAACUCUUUUGUCACGGUUGGGUAAGAGAGAAAGUAUGAGGCAAACAUGUUUUGUGAUUGACUCUUAGGAAACUAUGGAGAGGCUGUUGAUAAACUCAUUUAUUUUCCACAGCUCUCAAAACUGUCGUAAGGGUUAGUAACUAAUAGGCCAUACUCUAGACAUAUUAAACUUCCUAUCACCUAUGGCUUAAAAAUAAAAUAAAUAGGCUGUGUAUAAAGGUAUGAUUGGAAACUAUUGGGGUUUCUUUGUUACUUUUAAAAUUUUGUUAGUUAUAAACACUAGUUUGUUUAUUUGUGAUAACAUUGGUUUGUAGCUAAAAGACUAAAAACUGCACCCUCUGUUUGUGUGUGUGAGUGUGUGAGAGAGAGGGGGGAAGAAAAAGUGAAUGCAUGCAUGUUUUUAAGUGACUGGGGUAUUUGUGAGCUGUUAAAUAUUUCAUUUACAUUAGAUGUUAUUAAGAGACCACUAUAUUUUCUACCAUUAGUUCUCCUAUUUUUGGCCCAGCUUAUUAUCUGACCGGGGUCUUGUUUUCAAUUUACUCUGAUUUCAUAUGGAUCUGUAACUAUUGUACAACAGUGAAAUGCACUUGAGAGCUCUUGAACAGUAUGUCAAUAAAUACAUGUAUUUUUUCAAGAAA